CAUAUGACGUUGUUCCUCUCCGGAAUUAUUUUAAUGGGACACAGCCAUGGACGCAGAUUCCCAGCGCGUUUUGGAGUAUUUAACAGAAGUUGAGGAGGCUGCUGAAGAUGUUCUCACCACUAAACAACAGAUUGUGGACCUGGACUUAAAAAGAAACAGAAACAGAGAGGCACUAAAUGCAUUGCGACACGAUCUAUCCAACUGUGAAAAGGUAAAGGUUUGCUUUGGCAAUAUGUUUAUCAAAUUUCCAGUCAACAAAACCACAGAGAUGAUACAGAGAGAUCAAGAGCAGCUUGACAAAGAAAUCAAUGAUCUUCGCAAAGAACUUAAAGCAAAAGUCAACCAGCUGAAUGAUAUUGAAGGAAAGCCUGAGCUGAGAGGCUACAACCUUACAUCCCUUUCCCCCGAUGAACUCAAAGCUAUUAACAAUCUUUUGAAGAGAUGACCUCAACACUGAAUCUUGUAUUUAUUUUGGUAUGCAUCCAUGUAAAUAAUAUAUAGGAUUAUACAAUACCCCCUUCAUUGUUCUCUGUAAGAGUUAUAUAGACUUGAUAAAAAUUACAGAAACGUUUUUUAAGAUUGGUUUUGUAGAAAUACCUUUUUUGUACAUUUGUAGUGGG